GUGGUCGCCUGGUCCGCAUCAUGCUGCAGUGUUUGCUCAGGUCCCACUCUGGCUUUUCACACAUAUUCCGCUGUCACCGAUGGUCUACCACAUCCACAUCCAGUCGCUUACCGUACGGAUCGGUUAGCAUCUCCCGUCGCUGCACUCGCACCCUCGAAACCCCCAUCCCAGGCCGUUUUAUCCACUGUGCAAAGCGAAAUGAAGGACGCAACGACGUUUCAAAGGGACCGACUGCAGCAGAUAUUGGCGAAUACAAAAGUCAAGUCCGUCAAUUGAAACGAGAAGUGACUGAAGUGAAAUCGAAAAUAAAUCGAAAGAAGACUCUACAAGGUUCACAAAAGGUGGUAGGCCUUGCUAUGAUGAGCAACAUUGCCUUAUUCUCUGGCAAGUUGUACGCAGCCAUACAGUCGGGAUCGGCGUCAAUGUUUUCAGAAGCAUUACAUUCCCUUGCAGAUGCUUUGAACGAGAGCCUGCUUAUGUGGGGAAUAUGGCGAUCGUUACGAGAACCAGAUCCUCAACAUCCAUACGGCUUCACUGCUGAGCGCUACGCAUGGGCGCUUGUGAGCGGCGUCGGCGUCUUCUUUUUAGGUGGAGGGGUGUCCAUUUAUCAUGGCAUAAGCGGCCUCAUGGCAGCUCACCACGCCCUUGGGGAUGUUACCUCCUCUUGGAUCGUCCUGGGCGCGUCGCUUUUGUUUGAAGGAGGCACAAUGACUUAUGCCUGGCGACAUAUAUCAAAGAGCGCAGAAGCAGCAGGUGUCAGCGUUCUGGAGUAUUUGCGACGAGGGGCAGAUCCAACCGCCGUACAGGUGUUUAUGGAGGAUUGCGCGGCGGUUGCAGGAGUGGUUGUGGCGGGAUCCUGCUUAACGCUAUCAAAACUGUUGAACCUUCCUGUGAUUGAUUCGAUCGGAUCGAUUACCAUCGGGAUAUUACUGAGUUGCGUUGCAACAUUUUUGAUAAGAAGAAAUAUAGCCGGACUUGUAGAGACCAGCAUGCCGGCACACCGGCAAGCAGAGAUCGUUCGCGAGUUGGAGAGUGAUCCCGUCGUCAGCUCCGUACAAGACAUAAAAUCAACUGCCCUCGGUCCCGAAUGGGCGCGCUUCAAGGCCGAAAUCCUCUUCAAUGGAGAAGAGGUGACUCGCAGAUACAUCACUCGGAAUCCAGAGCUAUUUGCCAUGGAAUAUGAACAACUCAAGAAGCUGAAAACAAGAGAGGAAGUGGAAGUUUGGCUUGAGAGACAGGGAGGUAGAGUCGUAUCCACGUUGGGGAGCGAAGUAGACAGGCUAGAGUUCAACAUAAUGACCAAGAGACCGGAAGUGAAGCAUAUCGAUUUAGAAAUUUUGUAGUCAAAUUGCUUAAAUGCAAAAGGGCGAUACAGUGGUAUGGAUAUCAUCCGAAGGCCAAGGACCCGACCACGCGAUCAGCCACGCGCAAACUGCGGUCUGAAUUCAAUCAUUUUGGCAUUUGUACAUAUUUUUGUGUAAUAGAUGCAUGGACGUAAUGCACAUCGA